AUGUAUUCUAUAGAAAAAAUAUCUUAGCUAGUAGGAUAUAACAUGGGAUGUUUAUCACGUUUGAUUGAAAGUGUAGAACCUAAUUUGGGUGAUAUUUUUGAUAAAUUAAGAAAUAUAAGUUUAGUAAUAUAAAUUAUUAAAAUUUAUAAUGAAAAAAAUGUUGAAAAAUAAACUGAAUAUUAGAAUUUAUUAAAAUAAAUUGUUGCAACAAAUGUCUUUAAUACACCUAAAUAAUUCGUUAUUAAAAUGGAAUUCCAUCCUUAAAACAGAGUUUUAUCCAUGGAUUGUAUGACUCAUUAAGGAGUUUUCACAAAGCUUGUUGAUUUAGAUAACGUUAUUCCUGCCACUUAUGAAGAUUAUGUACAUUUUGAUAGAAGAAAACUUUUUAGAGCUACUUUAUUUUUGGAUACUGACAUGAUUUUAUUUAAUAAUUAAUAAUAAGAAUUUUACAUUUUCGAUAAAGAUAGUUAAUGGAAUGAAGAAGGAAUCAAUCAUCCUGAAUUAACUCUUGAUAAACUUUACAAUGAAAAAAAGUGGUUUGAUUAACUUAGAAUUAUUUGA